AUGUUAGAUGAACUUUAUAAAGCAGAACGUGGAGAGAUGGAAAAGAAACUUCAUGCAAAAGAUGAAGUCAUUGAAUCCAAAGACAAAAGCAUACAGAAAAGAAUACCGCGUUCAGUACCAAAAGGAAAGGAAAAGAGUUAUAAGUAUAUGAUAUAUACUGAAGAGAUGGAAAAUGAAGAAGAUAAAGAUAUGGUUAUGUUGCAUUUAGUCAGAAGAAACAACAAGAGCUUUUAUGACUUAGCUAAAAUAUAUAAAUCUGACAGAAACUGGUUCUAUCGUGAAAACUUACCGAUUUCAAUGACACCGAAUGAGCAAAUAAAGGAAAUUGUCAAAAAUACUCUUCCUCAAACACACUAUGACAUCAAAGGUUGCACAAUACUUACAUUCAAAGAAGACUUAACAUUACUGAAGGAAAAAAUAACAGAAUAUUUCGACAACUUCAAAGAGGAAGAAUAA